AUGGCUAAUGCGUAUUAUGUGGCCUAUACCGUGUUGGUAGCGAUACCCAUCGUGGUCCUCCUGCCACUCUUUAUAUCCAGUUUGUGGACCGUGCCCCAAGGCAAGGACACGGCCAGACGUGGGUUCCGAUGGAUGAAGAUUGCACUUGGUUUGAUGUUGAUUGGUACCAUCCUUAUUACCGCGAGCGCCGCUGAAAUCAAUCGCCUCAUUGACUGGGACUCGUACAUCACGGACCCUGAUGAUUAUUAUCGCCGCGAGGAAAUCAUAAACAGGGUAGGCGAUUGGAGUUAUCUCUUUCUCCAGGUGGCAUUGCAAUUUACAUUUCUCGCCACCCUCGAGGUCGCCCUCGGCAUUCUCUACUGCUGGGAUGCGGGCCGGCGGGCGCGCACCGUUAUCCAGUGGGCAGCCUACGCCUUUGUCCUGGUCGAGUCCUUGUUCACCCUCGUCAUCAUGGGCUACUGGGAGUCGUACUACACGGCGCUGUUCAAGUACAUUAGGAACGAUAGGAGCGGCGACGGCUACCCCGACGGAGCGUCGCUGUUCCGCCUGUAUAAUGUCCAGGCAACGUACAGCAUCCUGCUCGGCGUCGCGGCGACGGCUCUCCUCGGCUUGGCCGUCGUCGUCGUGGUUCGGGCUCGCAAGUACGCAAGUCAUCGCCAGACUGCGGUUCUCGUUCUCGUCGCCAGUCUCUUCUUUUGGAUCUCUUCGCUCUGGAACAUGGUUACCGCGAUCCUGGUUUACCUCGAGGAAAAGCACAUUGACAGACGGGCAAACCUGAUUGUCGACCCAAUCUUGUCCGAGUGGUUUGUGGCGGUAACACUUGCCCUGCUCUUUAUCGCUGGGCGCAGAAGGCUUGGCGGUCUCUGGUCCAAGGGGGAGCACGUAUCGGUAUGA